AUUCCUUCUUACAAAUGUUAUUACUCUGCUUCCUUACAGCCUUUCGAGAGAUUCGUACAAACUGGUCGUAUUGCCAAGGCCUCUGCAGGUCCCCUGAAGGGUCGCCUGGUGGCUAUUGUCGAUGUCAUUGACCAAAACAGAGUCUUGGUUGAUGGUCCUCUGACUGGUGUUCCACGUCAGGAGUACAGAUUGAGCAAUCUGCAUCUGACCAAAUACCGCAUCAAGUUCCCCUACACCGCGCCCACACGCAUUGUGCGCAAGGCUUGGGUGGACAGUGACCUGAAGGCACAGUGGAAGGUCAGCCCCUGGUCCGUCAAGGCACAAAACAUUUGCAAGCGUUCUCAAUUGAGCGACUUCGACCGCUUCAAGCUGCGUUAUGCCAAGCGUCAGCGCAACAAGUUGCUGACCAUCGCCUUCAACACACUGAAGAAGCGCACCAAGUUCGAUGGCACCCCACGUGUCCUAAAGAAGGAUCGCCGUGAGCGCCUGCGUGCCGAGAAGGCAAAGGGUGGCAAGAAGGCAGCGGCCAAGAAGUAAAAAAAAAAAAUAAAUACACAAUAACGAAAGUAACUGCUUGAUGAACAUCCAACACAAAGGAGCAAAUAAAAGAAGUGUUAUUUUUAGGAAAAACACAUGAAA